AACACGUGACCGAAGUGAUUUCCAGUGAGGCUGCUGGGAAUCGAAACUUUAGAGAGCUGCUCGGUUGGAGUCGCUGCUUCACUUUCUGUUCUCCGUUUUUUAUGUUUUUCUGCGCUAGUUCGUCUUCUUAGCUGCUGAAACUGGUUGUCCUUUUUCUACCACUCAAAACUCACCUUCAAACUUUGUUUUGGUCCGAUGAACUUCCUCACUUCCUCAGCAGUGGACGACCACAAUGGAGGACUCUACCCGAGAAAAACGAAAAGAGGAGAUAAGCAAGGCACUGGCCUUCAUACAGUCUCCACUGGCUUAUCCAGAUCCCAAUAGCUAUCAGGACUUUCUGACCCGCUUAGUGUGCAACCUGCUGGAGGAGGGCAAUGCCUUUUUUCGAGACAAACAGUGGGAGGAGGCUGUCAGAGAAUUUACCGAGGGCUUGAAUGUCUCGCGCUACGCUGAAGCAGAGGAGAUCCAGAUCCCAGAAGCCUUGCUGGAGAGUCUGUAUGUCAACAGAGCUUCUGCCUGCCACAGUAUGGGAAAGUAUGAUCAAGGCAUCGAGGACUGUAACAGCGCUCUGGAGGUGUGCAAGGAGAGCCGCAGAGCUCUGUACAGGAAGGCUCUGUGUCUGAAAGAGCUCGGCAAGUACAAGGAGGCGUACGACUGCACCUCCAUCUGUCUGCUCAGUAACCCUCAGGAUAAACAGGUGAAUGAACUUUCACAGGAGUUAGCUACCCAGCUGGGGAUGAAAAUACGAAAACCCUACAUCAGCUCAAAGGUGUCUCAUAAUAAUUUAGGAAAUGGUGUGAAUCCUUUGAGUGUUGUUGCAUCAGUGGCUUUCCCAGGUGUGCCUGAACCCCCUUUUCCCUCCACCCCUCCACCCAGCUCCGRGGUUCCUCACAGGCUGGAGGACUCUGAAGUGAUGGGAGAUGACUUGGACAGCCUGCUCGACAGUUUUCCACCUGAACAAGGACUAACUGAGGCAGCAUUCUCCGACUCCAGUAGGCCGCUCGUUCACUCCGCUCCACCUGUCCUGCCUGCUCCAACGCCCCAGCUGCCCCCUGCCUUCUUCAGCUCAACCCUCAGCCAACUCGACUCCCUGGACUCCUUUUCAACUGGCAAUAACGGCACCCCUUCCCCAACUCUGAAUAUGUUGGAUGACCUCUACACCUCUGGAAACGGAGACGCUGCAGACGCUUUAAACGUCACGCAGAACUCCUCAAUACUGGAUACUCUGGAUGGCCUUGACUCACUCGACUCCCUUGAUGAUAUUCUGGACAAUACACCAAGAGCUGCUGAGAUCAUUCAGCCUAAACCAGAUGUGAAUGCCAGAGGAGCUUCCCUCGAUUUGCUGGAUGAAAUAGACACGAUUGAGGCUGUUUCUGAUGUAAACGGUGGGAGCGGUGACGUUGUUAAGGUCGACAUUGAAGCCACGAAGCAGCUCGACUCUCUGGAUUGCUUGGACUCGUUCUCCACAGUGGAAGAUGUUGGAGCAACUCCGGCAGCAGUUUCAGUCAGAGGUUUAGGCUUGGACACGCUUUCUGACUUCAGCACAAACGGUUUCUCAGAAUCUCACGUCGCUGCUGCUCCUGUAACCAAAUCCCCUAUAAAUCACUUCAAAGUGGUGGACAGUCAUGUGUCUGGUACAGUUGCUAAUCCUCUGUCUGACACACAUGAGUUCCUGCAGGCCUGUUCCCUCUGUUACCCUCGAAAAGGUGUCGGGGUGUAUAGUUUUGUUCACAAGCCGGACCUUGUCCACAGCUGUAAGCAGGACAUUUUAUUAUGUAGACUAAAAGAAGCUUCAGAAUGGACCAGAGUGCGUCCGAUUCCUACCAACACUUUCUUUGGACAGUUUGUACUUUGUAGAGAGCUGAUAAAAUCUGGAGAUUUGGGUGUGUGUAAGUACGGAGAAAGAUGCACYUUUGCCUACAACCAGCUGGAGAUCGACGUUUGGACAGCAGAGAGAAAAGGGACGUUGGACAGAAACUUCCUGUUUAAGAAGUCAGAGGCCAAACCAGACCCCAGGAGCAGCAUCAUUCAGCUCCUACAGGAAAACAAGGGCAUGUUCAUCUACCUCUGCCAGAAAUGCUACGACAGUAAACCUAGAAUCAUCAGUAAGCGAUUCAUUGAUGAUCAGACCAUCUGUUCCAACUUAGACGUCCGUCACAACUUUGAUGCUAAUAAGUGCCUGGCGUUUGUGGUGAGGACCCACAAUAUUAACUACAGGAAGGUCCGUCCCCUCAGCGCCCUGUGCCACCUGGAUUUGUGCCGCCAUGCCAUAAAGUACGGCUGCCAGCUCGAGGACAGCUGCCAGUUCGCUCACUCCGUCAUAGAGCUUAAAACCUGGAGGGUUCAGCAGCACACAGGUAUCAGUCAUGAUGAGAUUGUGAAAGUAUCCAUGAAGUAUCACGACCAGGAGCAGACUUUCAAGAUGGAAAAAGAAAAACGACUGUCUGCUGGAGGAGGUGGAAGCAAAUCAAAAGGAGGAGGAGGAGGUGCCGGGAAGAAUUUGAACAUGAAGAUGAAGUUUGCAUGCGCUCAUUGCUGGCGGGACGGCCUGAUCAGUGAACCAGACAAGGCCCUCAAAUACUGCAAUGCCAAAGCCAGACAUGCGUGGACUAAAGACAGACGAGUCCUGCUGGUAAAAUCCUCAGAGAGGAGUAAAUGGGUGCAGGUCCGACCGCUGCCCCACGCCAAGAACUACCCUCUGUAUUAUGAUAUGUGUGCUCAGAUUCUGGAAAAGAGGAAAUGUAACUACACCGGGAAUUGCACGUUCGCCCACAGCCAAGAGGAGAAGGAGAUGUGGAUGUAUAUGAAGAAUAAUAACUUGCGGGAGAUGCAGCAGGUGUACGACAUGUGGCUGAAGCUGGCCGCUCAGAACCGCCAAGCAGAUGGAGCCGCCAUCUCUCAGCCCAACUCUGAGGAGAAAUGCAUCAUGAUGCCAACAGACUACGCUGAACCCAUGAGUGGCUUCCACUGCCGUCUGUGUGGUAAACACAGUAACAGUGAGCGGCAGUGGCAGCAGCACAUUUCUACAGAGAAGCACAAGGAUAGAGUGUUCAGCUGCGAGGGAGAGGAAGAGGACCUGCUGUGGAACCACCGUUUCCCUGGGACUCACUUUAAAAUCUGCCCCAAAGUGGAAGGCGGCUGUCCUGACGGGAUGAGCUGUGACUACGCUCACAGCCCGGAGGAGCUGCAGGAGUGGACCGAGAGGCGCAAGUUCCUGCGCCAAAAGCUGGCCAAGGCCAGGGAGGAUAUGCUCAUCAUGCCAGACGAGUUUGACUUCGGGAAGUACAACUUUCUGCUUCAGGACUGAGAAUAUUUUGACUUUGAGCCAUUUGUCGUAACUGCCAAAGGUAACAGUGUGAUUGUGUUAUUCUGCCUUUUCAACCUUAAACCCAAGUCUUCAGGUGAAGUAAUAGAAUCCACAGGGAGCCAAAUAAACUCUUGAAGUCUUUAGUUUAUGGAUUUGCCUUCCUGAAAGUGCUGCACACCAUUUAUUUUCUAAUAAUGUUUUAAUCGCUUCACUGAAUGGAGCAGUGUCUCCUGAUAGUGGCUGUUUGGUCUAAACUUGGUCAAACUAAUAAGUGCUUUGAAAGUAAAACUUGGGGGUGAACUAUGAAAUUCCCAGCUGUCAGAUUAUCUUUAUCACAGGUUCUAUAUAAAAGGUUCAUAUUUCACCAUACUUGCAGUUUUUACUCUUCUUUUAUUUUGUUUUCUUCUGUUUCUGAAGCUUUUCAAACUUGUAACCUACCGUUCAUCAAAAGCUGGAUGUUGAAAACCCUGAAAGUUCAUUAAAAUACCCCAGAUGUUUUUUUUAUGUUUCAGUUUGAUAUGUACAAAUGUUGGAACAGAAUAUUUGUGACUUUUUGUAUUUCCUGGUCAAAAUGUAUUCUUCAGCAGAGAAGACUUACAGAUUUAGCGUUUAACCAAAUUAAAUGUGAAUAAAGUGAUGUGCUGUUAA